GCCCGAGGAGGGCUCCGAAGCGUGGGGCACAACGGAGCGGCGCAUCCCGCUACCCGGGACGGGGAAGUGACGUCCCGCGCUCGCCCGGCCUGCCCCGGAAGUGCAGGCGCUGCCCGGAACCCGCGCUUGGCCGCCGCAGCCAUGUAGGUCCCGUUACCGUUACCGGAGCGGCCAUGGAGGGCGCCGAGGACAGCGGCAGCGCAGCCCCCCCCCAGCCGAACCUCACCCCCCGGCACCGGCAGCUCAUCCCCACGCCCUGUGGCCCAAUAAAGCCUUGUUCAGAGCUCUCAUUUCCUGUGAAGAUCUACUUCUGUGUCACUAUCUUGUCUCUGCUGAGUGUCAUAGGGCUAACCAUAGAGACGCUUGUUCGACAGACUGAGGAAGAUUUCACCAUUUCUCUUAUUCAGUUAAUUGGAGUUGUGUUCUGUGUAUACUAUGUGACUAGAGGAAUCCUGCAGGAGAAUCGCCAGGAGCUCAUCGUCUUUGUUCUUUCCAUCCUGCUAGUGAUGUUUCGGUCCAUUGUCAACUUCACAGUUCUCUCUGCUGAGCAAAAGCCAAAACUCCUGGCCCGCUUCAUUCUGAUCCUCCUGGUUGGCUCCUUUGAUGUGAUCUGUGCCAUCAUCCUCAUCCAGAGUCAAAGCAUGAUGGCCUUUCGAGUAGGGGGUGCUCUAGAAAGCCUACAGUCACAAUACUUCAUGAUGAACCUCUGCUUUUCUAUGUUGACCUUUGAUCUUCAGGCACAGCUCUGCUUGUGUGUUCUUCUGAUAAGCCUGCAUGAGAUCACCCUUCUACAUAACAUCAUCUCAGCAACAGGGGUUCUUUGGGCCUGCCUGAAGGUGUCCAUCAGCAUCAUCGCAAUUUUAAAAGAACUGAAGCCUCUAGUGUGGAUUUUUCUGACUCAGAACAUACCUGAAGUAGCUUUUCUCAUCUACCUGCUUUACACGGUGAUAAGAGAAUGGGGCAAAGGGAAUUCAUACACCCUAGAAGCUGCUUUCAUUAUCGGCUCUUUCAUUUCUGUUGCAAUAAAAUCCGUUUUGUUUUGGGCACUGGUUCAUGUCUACCGCAGCUUUGGGCAGGGGCUGAGAGAAAGAAUGUUUUCUUCCUAUGGAAGGAUCGACUCCUGAGCAUCCCCCUUGUGUCCUAUCUGCAGCUCUUACAGAGUGAAAUCACAGGGGAAGGUCUGAUCGAGUACUUGCAUUUGGAAUGUAAGACAAUGGGUCUCUUUCACAGAGAUAGAGGAAGUUGCUCAGAAAAAUGUCUAUACAUUUCUUGGUUCAUAUUGUGCUAUGGAACUUUAACAGUGCAGCUGGUAACUUAGUUUAAAAAGCAAAGUGCUCUCGGGAAAUUAACACUAAUCCUCUCAAUUCAGCGAGUUCUGCUGACAGGACAAUGCAUCUUUCACUCCUUGUUUUCCUGACGUUGCUUUGUAACCACAGGAGGUUCACAACAUGCAUGUGAGUAGAGACUGAUGUUAAUAUAAAUGCUGUUUUCUGGAUAUACACAAACAUAAUGAAAAUAAUUUGCACACCAUCUAACAGACCUGAGUCUGGAAGUGGAUCGUCCUACCAUCAUUUCUUACCUCAGAUCUGUUGCUGAGCAGAAGUCAAGCCCCAAAGCUGCUUUGGUGGCAGCUGUAUUCCCUGACUCCACAGCUGCGUGAUGGCUUAACCCCAACAGAAUGGCUGGGGCUCUUCUUCCUCAUCUGACUUCAGAAUACUUAUUUUUCUUAAAUACCAGUUACACCUGAAAACUACCCAAUGUAAUCUCAUGCCUCCCUAUAGUGUAUCUAACCAAUGUGCCAUUUCGUUCACCACUGUGACUGUUAAAAUAAGCCUUUAAUAUUGUAAUUUAAAAGUUUGGUAUUUUAUUCAUUUGAACCUUUAGCUACUUACUGGCUGUCUAUUUUUUAAUAAAGUAUAAGCACAGUU